AUGUCGAGGUCAAAAGCCAAUAGUGUGGCUUCGAGACGGAUUCACCUUUAUUGGGUGUCCGAACGCGCAGGUCGGAUCCCAGCGUUGGCACUACUGAUGGCUUACGAGACAUUGGAUAUGGAACUAAAGAUUGUUACUUUGUGGAGCAUCGUUCAGCUAGACGUCGCCACUGUGACUCAAUUCAUGCAGAUGGGGUCGGUCAACUAA